CCAUACAUCGAAACUGUAUUUGACAGUAGGAAAUAACGACGUUAGGAAUAGGGAGCUUGUUUUGGGCGUUUUCUUGGUUCAAAGUAGCAUUUUAAUGUGAAGUCGUGAAAUUACAGACAGAGGAAGGACAUGCCUUAAUGUAUUUCAUACCUGAGGCCAGCAUUAAUAAGACAACCUCUCAUCCGUACAUCACCCCGAUGAGGAAUGCUGGCAGUAUGCAGCCCAUGUAUAAAAGAGGCGCUGGAGUCUGGCCCCAGACUAGAAGUCUCCUCUACAAGAAUCUGCUUAUUAAAUGGAGGACCAAACAGCAGAGCCUGCAGGAACUGAUCCUCCCCCUGCUGCUCCUGGGUCUCCUCAUACUCAUCAGCACCCUGAAUCCCCACGUUUAUUAUGGAGGCAUCAACACAACAGAACUGGAGGGUGAGAAACACUACAUCAAGGGCCUGGGCUACACACCCAUCACUAACGUCACCAACCACAUCAUGGAGGAAGUGGCUCAGGAGAUGCUCAUGCAGGACCGUUUGGAGAUGUUUGCCAGUGAGGAGGAUCUGGAGAACGCCAGCCUGUAUGACCCAUCCAGCUACGUUGGGGUUGUGUUCCUGGACAGCUCUGCCAUGUCCUACAGACUACGCUUCCCAUACAACCAUCUUCCUUUACCCAGCGAUUACACAGAGUCUUACGCUAACUGUUUGGGCAACUCGGUGAACUGCAGAGCUGCAAAUUACUGGUAUUCUGGUUUCAUCCGCCUCCAAUCUCUGAUUGAUGCAGCCAUCAUCCAGAUGCAGACGAAGCGUUCAGCAUGGACCGAGCUGGAUCUGAGUGUGGUAAUGAUGGGCCAGCCAGGCUCUGUGGAGGUUCACAAGUUCCCCCACGCCCUUAUCUCCAUCUACCUCGUCCUGGCUUUCACGCCCUUUGUCACCUUCCUGAUAGUUAAUGUGGCAGCUGAGAAGGAGCAUCGCCUCAAAGACACCAUGACCAUGAUGGGGCUGUACAACACCGCCUUCUGGUUAUCGUGGGGCCUCCUGUAUGCUGCUCUGGUGACUGCCAUGUCCAUCCUGAUGGCCGUCAUCGCUACAUUCACAGCACUGUUCCCCAACAGUGACUUCUUUGUCAUCUUUCCCCUCAUUUUCCUCUAUGGAAUAUCAUCUAUCUUCUUCUCCUUCAUGCUGACUCCGCUGUUUAAGAAGCCCAAGUUUGCCAGCACCGUGGGCUCCAUGCUGACGGUGGUGUUCGGCUGCCUGUCGCUGUUCACCGUGCUGAUGAAGGACUUCCCACAGCCGCUGGUCUGGCUUCUCUGCCUGCUCUCCCCCACCGCCUUCUCCAUCGGGAUCGCCCAGGUUGUUUACCUGGAGGCUCAGGGAGACGGGGCUGUGUUUUCCUCCUUGGCUAACGGUCCUCAUCCGCUCUACGUCCCCCUGGUCAUGCUGGUUUUGGACUGCAUCCUUUACCUGCUGCUGGCCGUCUACUUGGACCAGGUGUUGCCUGGUGAGUUUGGAAUAAAGAGAUCUUUGGUUUACUUCCUGAAGCCGUCCUAUUGGUCCAAACGCAGUAAGCGUUACGUUGAAGUCAGCUCGGUGUACGACACCGAGCUGAACGGCGCUCCCUGUGGGGACGAGUCUGUCGAGCCCGUUUCCCCAGAGUUCAGAGGGAAAGAAGCCAUCCGCAUCAACAACAUCAGGAAAGUGUACAAAGACAAGGACAACAUGGUGGAGGCUCUGAGGGGCUUGACUUUUGACAUCUACGAGGGCCAGAUUACGGCUCUGCUGGGACACAGCGGGGCUGGAAAGUCCACUCUCAUGAACAUCCUGUGUGGAAUCUGCCCUCCCACGAAUGGCUCGGCCGCCAUAUUUGGCUCCCCUGUUGCAGAGAUUGCAGAUGCGUCGGAGAUGAAGCAGCUGGUGGGAAUCUGCCCUCAGUUCAACAUCAUCUUUGAUGUGCUCACUGUGGAGGAGCAUCUCAGGAUAUUUGCUGCCAUCAAAGGGAUUCCACCGGCAGACGUUGACGCUGAGGUCACCAAGGUGCUGAAGGAUCUGGACCUGGAGAAGAUCAUGACGGCUCAGGCUAAGAACCUGAGCGGGGGUCAGAAGAGGAAGCUCUCUGUGGGCAUCGCCAUUCUUGGAGAUCCCAAGAUUCUGCUCCUGGACGAGCCCACAGCCGGCAUGGACCCUUGCUCCAGACACCAGGUCUGGUCUUUGCUGAAGAGCCGGCGAGCCGGGCGAGUCAUUGUGCUCAGCACACACUACAUGGACGAGGCAGACAUCCUCGCUGAUCGUAAAGCUGUGAUUUCUCAGGGGCAGCUCAAGUGCGUCGGCUCUUCGCUGUAUCUCAAGCUAAAGUGUGGCGUUGGAUAUCAUCUGAGAAUGUCCAUCAGAGAGCACUGUGAUGCUGAAAUGAUCACAUCUUUGAUCCAACACCACGUCCCCAAAGCCAAGUUGUCCCGGCAGCGCGAGGCAGAGCUGACGUUCACUCUGCCUUUUGAGAGCAUGGACACGUUUCCAGGCUUGUUCUCUCAGCUUGACUGUCAGCCAGAGCUGGGAAUAAUUAACUAUGGGGUUUCCAUGACAACACUAGAAGACGUUUUCCUGCGUUUGGAGGCAGAAGCUGAGGUGGAUCAAGCUGACUACAGCGUGUUUAAUCGGGAGCAGACCGAGGACGAGUAUGACAACGCCUCUCUGGAUGACACCGACCAGCGGCUGCUCACGUUCUCAGACAGCAAGUCGGAUGUGGUGUCGGGUCACGCUCUGUGGCGGCAGCAGUUCAGCGCCGUGGCCUGGCUGCACAUGCUCAACAUGCGCAGGGAGUGGAAGGCCUUCGUUUACACUCUCGUCUUGUUCCUGCUGUUUGUCGCUGCCGUCUUCGUUGUGUCUCUGGCCACCGGAAACAUCCAGAUCCACUCUCCAGAUCGUCAGUUUUUGCCCAUUUACCUUCUCAAAAAGAACCAGGCGGCCCGGAGAUAUGCCUCAAGCCUCCUGGUUAAGAACUCUUCAGACUCUGAUAUUUCUGACUUCAUCCACAACCUGGAAUCUCAGGAUAUCAAGGUGGAGCUGAUGAAGCACACCGACUACAUGGCGAUAGCGCCUCACAGCGCCGCCAUCAACGUGUCAGGAUCCAGCAAGGGUUUUAAAUACAGCAUCGCCUUUAACAGCACCACAGUUCACUCUUUACCGAUGGCCGUCAAUAUUCUGAGUAAUGCUCUUCUCAGAGGUCUGAACGGCACCGGGCAGAUCCGGACCUGGACCAAGCCCUUUGAUUAUCUAAUCUCAGAUGCUACAUCCUACGCUCUGGUCUACAUCGAGGCCAUCAUGCUGGGGAUGUUGGCAGCUGGAAUGCCGGCAUAUUUUGCAAUGGACCACACUCGAGAUCGAGAGAUUAAGUGUCGCUCUACACUGCGCAUCUCUGGUCUGGUGCCGUCGGCUUACUGGUGCGGCCAGGCAGCAGUGGACAUCCCCUUCUUCUACCUCAUCCUGUCCUGCAUGUGCAUCAUCCUCUUCUCCUUCCACACUGGAAACCUGCUCACCUCCAGCAACCUCACGGCUGUGGUCCUCUGCACUGUUGGCUUCGGUCCGUCCAUGAUCCUCUUCACUUAUGUGUUUUCUUUUGGAUUCACAAGAGUCCAGAGCAACAGGGAUUUCUUCUCUUUCAUUUCCAUGAUGGUGUGUGUGGUGUCGGCCACCCUGGUGCAGUUACUAAACGACUUCCCGGACCUGACCAGAACCCUUCACAAUGGCUUGUGUCUUUUCAACCCUCUGUACCCUCUGAUGGGCUGCCUCAACUGCAUCACCAAGGCAACUUUCCUCCCCUCCGUCUAUGAGGAGAACUUCCUGUGGAAGAGCCUGCUCAUUUCCGUCGUCGCUCCCUACCUGCAGUGCAUCCUCCUGCUGUUCGUGCUUCGCUGGCUGGAGAUCGAUUAUGGAGGGAGGGCGAUGAAAGACGACCAGCUCUGCAGGAUCUCGUCCAGGUCGAAGCCGAAAUCCGAGCGAAUCCCAGAGGAAGGGCUGAACGAGGAUGAGGAUGUUCAAAUGGAGAAGGCCAGAGUAAAGGAGGCCCUCACCUGUCAGUCCUGUGAAGAGAAACCCGUUGUGGUUGUCAGUAACCUGAGGAAAGAGUACAAGGGCAGAAAAGAAGGUUUCGCCUUCACCAAGAGGACCAAAGUGGCCACAAAGAACAUCUCUUUCUGCGUUCGCAAAGGUGAAGUUCUCGGCCUGUUGGGCCCCAACGGAGCAGGAAAGAGCACCGUGAUGCACAUGCUGUCUGGUGACACCAACCCCACCGCAGGCCAGGUGCUGAUGGGGGACUACAGCACUGAGUUUCAUCCUGUGGACAAUCCACUGGAACACGUGGGCUACUGCCCACAGGUGAACCCUCUGUGGCCCAGAAUCACUCUGCAGGAACACCUGGAGAUCUACGCCGCCAUUAAAGGCCUGAAAGGACAGGACGUCCCAGGCAUCAUAAAACGUGUGGUCAACGCUCUGGAGCUGAAGGACCACUUAAACAAACAAGCCAAGAGCCUGUCAGCAGGCCUGAAGAGGAAGUUGUGCUUCGCCUUGAGCAUGAUUGGGAAUCCUCAGAUCGUCCUGCUGGAUGAACCGUCGGCAGGGAUGGAUCCUAAGUCUAAACAGCGCAUGUGGAGGGCCAUCCGUGCUGCCUUCAAGAACCGUCAGCGAGGAGCCAUCCUCACCACACACUACAUGGAGGAAGCCGAGGCCGUGUGCGACCGUGUUGCCAUCAUGGUUUCUGGCCAGCUGAGAUGCAUCGGCUCCAUCCAACAUCUAAAAGGGAAAUAUGGUCGAGGUUACAGUCUGGAGGUGAAACUUAGGGAGGAGCUGAUGGGGCUCCGGCAGGUGGCGCUGCUGCACAAAGGAAUCCUCCAGAUCUUCCCUCACGCUGUCCGGCAGGAGAGCUUUGCUACUCUGAUGGUUUACAAGAUCCCCAUGGAGGACGUGAAAUCUCUGGCCAGCUCUUUCUCCCAGUUAGAGAGUGCCAAACAAACCUACAACUUUGAGGAAUACAACUUCUCUCAGUCGACCUUGGAGCAGGUGUUCAUGGAGUUCGCCAAGGAGCAGGAGAGCGAGGAGGACGAGGUGGGGUCCCUCAGCACCACCUUCCAGUGGCAGCGGCUGCAGCACGACGGCUCCGUGGCCGUCAACCACGCCGACAGCAUCGUCCACCAGCUGUGACUCUGACCCCAACCGAAGCGCCGGGCUUCAUCAUCUGGGGCGCCGACUCCGCCCGAGACGGCCCUGGUGGCAGCUCACACACACAGAGACUUCCUGUGUGUGUUUGGUGUGUAACCUUUGUCCACCGGAUCACGCCGACGUGGGUCUGCGCUCCGUCUCAAUGGUUUUAUGUUUGUGAACCGGUUUCCUCACCGCCACAGAACCAAAGCAGCACGUUUCUGACCCACACCCGACUCUGAGACCAGCCCGUGGUCCGGUUGAUGUUUCCACCAGCAUGCUCAUCCUGACGUCCACACACACUCCGACAGCUGGUGGUGUUCCUGCCAACAGCUUUGGUUUGAGAAUGUCGUGUAGAAUAUGCACCAGUUCAUGUAGCAACAGCGCCCUCUAACCUCAGGACGGAGCGGUGCAGCUGGAGGCGGUGUCUUCAGCAGCUGGAGGCGGCGCCAUCAGCUGGAGGCGGUGUCUUCAACAGCUGGAGGCGGUGUCUUCAACAGCUGGAGGCGGCGUCUUCAACAGCUGGAGGCGGCGUCUUCAACAGCUGGAGGCGGCGUCUUCAUCAGCUGGAGGCGGCGUCUUCAACAGCUGGAGGCGGCGUCUUCAUCA